AUGUCUGGAAAUAAUGGAAAUGGCGACAGGGAAGGCCAGAUCACCUUUCACUACCCAAUGCUCUCCAAAAGUAAUUAUGGUGUAUGGGCCAUAAAGAUGAGAGUUUUCAUGCAAGCUCAAAGAGUUUGGGAUGCAGUGGAGCCCAGAACCUCGAACACGGUUAUAGGAGUAAAGAAAGACAAGAUGGCAUUGACAACCAUCUAUCAAGACAUACCUGAAGAUUUGUUACUCUCAUUGGUGGAGAAGAAGGCAGCCAAAGAAGUAGGAGAUGCCUUGAAGACCAUGUUCAUGGGAGCAGAUAGGGUGAAGACACCAAGAAUACAGACACUCAAGACAGAAUUUGAAGCCAUGACAAUGAAGGAGACAGAAGGGGUUGAUGGUUUCACUGCAAAAGUGUGCAAUAUAGUGAGUACUAUGCGUACUCUUGGGGACACUUUAGAAGAGUCUUAUAUUGUGAAGAAACUGUUGAGGGCAGUACCACCCAAGUUUCUCCGAAGGCUAAAAGCCUAUGAAGAACGUAUGAAAGGUGAUGGUGAAUCAGAAGAUAGAAAACUUCUCAUAAUCUAUCAGCAAUCGUCAGAGAAGAGAAAGAAGAAGGGUGAUGGUGACUCAAAAUCAAAGACAAACUGUGGUGAUUUUAAUGGGUCACGUGGAAGAGGAAGAGGUCGUGGUGGCCGUGGUAGAGGUGGUCAUCAUAAUCAAGGGAGCCAAGGUGCAUUUAGCAGUCAAGAUAAGAGUAGUGUUCAGUGGUACAAUUGUCAGGAGUUUGGGCACUAUACAGCCGAAUGCAAGAACCUAAGGAAAGAAAGAAAUCAAGAAAGUAUCUUGGUCCAGGUUGAUAAUGAACCGACGCUAUUGUUAUCAUCCUUUGAAGUCAAAGAAGAAAUAGGGGAAGUGUUCUAA